CCGAGCGCCGCGCCGCUAGAAGUCACCCAGCGUCCGAGUUGCGUCUCUCCCGGCUCCCAGCUCCGGAGGGCACAGGGCCGCCCACCAGCCCAGCACCAUGAGCGGCGACUUCCGGCGCGUGGCGAUCCGACGCAAGUCCAAUCUGGCCCACCUGCCGCCGGGGGUCCCGCGGCCCUGGAGCGCGCCCUCCCCGCGCGUGGGGCCGCGGCAGUACCUGCCCAAAGGUCACCCUGGUUCCACUGUGUCCCGCGAGCAGCACCACCACACUGAUUGACCACAAUGUGUCUGAAGAGGCUCAGGGAAUAAAUGGGAAGACACCAGCGAAACGCGCCGCUCCAAGCCCAAAGCCACAAGUGCCUCCAAAGCCAUUACAUCUACAGAAUUCACCUUCGUCCAAUAUACACCAAACCCCCAGGAAGAAAGCUUUAUCUAGAGCAAAGCCCAGGAUGGAGGAAGUUAAACCUGCCUCUGCUUCUUGUGUCUCAAAAGAAAAACCCAGUAAGGUGUCAGAUCUCAUCAGUCGCUUUGAAGGAGGCAGCACGCUGUCGAGCUCCCACGACCCGAAGAGAGACCCCACCGCGAGCCCGCGCACCCCGGGCCGGCAGGGGAGAGCCGCGUCCCCGCUGCGCGUGCCCAGGCCCGGGGACCGGGGCGAGCACACGCGGGGCGCGCAGACGCGCGUGGCCAACGGCAUGGAGGCGCCGCCGAGCCCUGGGGGACGCGGACAGGGCCCAGCCAGCCCCGAGCCCCCGGGACCCGCGCCACCUGCAGACCCCGCGCCCGGCGCGCCGGCCAUGAACGGAGAGCCUGAGGGGCCCAGGGCCCCUGCCGAACCCCAGGACCCGCAAGAUGGUGAUGUCUCCGACGGCAGCUGCAGGACCCCGGGUGCGGACCCCGCGCUCCCUGCGAGCGGAGGAGAGGCCCGGCGGGAGGCCGCGCUCCAGGACCUGGAGAACGGGGAGAGCCCGGUGGAGCCGGAGCAGCACGUGCAGCAGCACCCCGAGACGAAGGAAACAAAUGAGCAAAAACUUCACAAAAUAGCCAAUGAACUUUUGCUUACGGAAAGAGCUUACGUCAACCGACUCGACCUCUUAGACCAGGUAUUUUAUUGUAAACUAUUGGAAGAAGCAAACCGAGGCUCAUUUCCAGCAGAGAUGGUGAAUAAAAUCUUUUCUAACAUUUCAUCAAUCCAUGCCUUCCAUAGUAAAUUCCUAUUGCCAGAGCUGGAGAAACGAAUGCAAGAAUGGGAAACCACUCCGAGAAUCGGAGACAUCCUUCAAAAACUGGCGCCAUUCCUCAAGAUGUAUGGAGAGUAUGUGAAGGGGUUCGAUAAUGCGAUGGAACUGGUUAAACACAUGACAGAACGCGUUCCCCAGUUCAAAUCAGUGAUCGAAGACAUUCAGAAGCAGGAGAUCUGUGGGAGCCUGACCCUGCAGCACCACAUGCUGGAGCCCGUGCAGCGGAUCCCCCGCUACGAGAUGCUCCUGAAGGACUACCUGCGGAAGCUGCCCUCCAACUCCCCGGACUGGAGCGACGCGAAAAAAUCACUUGAAAUUAUAUCUACAGCAGCAAGUCAUUCUAAUAGUGCAAUAAGAAAAAUGGAAAACCUAAAGAAACUCUUAGAGAUUUAUGAAAUGUUAGGAGAAGAAGAAGACAUUGUAAAUCCUUCAAAUGAACUCAUAAAAGAAGGACAGAUACUCAAACUAGCUGCUCGCAACACAUCGGCACAAGAACGCUACCUUUUCUUGUUCAACAACAUGCUGCUGUACUGUGUGCCCAGAUUCAGCUUGGUGGGCUCGAAGUUCACGGUGCGGAACAGGGUUGGAAUUGACGGAAUGAAAAUCGUGGAGACUCACAAUGAAGAAUAUCCGCAUACUUUCCAGGUGUCUGGGAAAGAGCGAACGCUGGAACUGCAGGCCAGUUCUGAGCAAGACAAAGAAGAAUGGAUCAAGGCCCUUCAAGAGACGAUUGAUGCUUUUCAUCAAAGGCAUGAAACUUUCAGAAAUGCGAUUGCAAAGGAUAAUGACAUUCACUCCGAGGUUUCUACGGCCGAGCUGGGGAAGAGAGCCCCGCGGUGGAUCCGCGACAACGAGGUGACCAUGUGUAUGAAGUGCAGAGAGUCCUUCAACGCGCUGACUAGGAGGCGGCACCACUGCCGAGCAUGUGGACACGUGGUUUGUUGGAAGUGUUCGGACUACAAAGCUCAGCUGGAGUACGACGGUGGGAAGUGGAGCAAGGUGUGCAGGGACUGCUACCAGAUCAUCAGCGGCUUCGCGGACAGCGAGGAGAAGCGGCGGAGAGGCAUCUUAGAGAUUGAAUCAGCAGAAGUCUCAGGAAACAGCGUGGUAUGCAGCUUUCUUCAAUACAUGGAGAAGUCAAAACCUUGGCAGAAGGCUUGGUGUGUGAUCCCCAAGCAAGACCCUCUUGUGCUGUACAUGUACGGGGCCCCCCAGGACGUCAGAGCCCAGGCUACGAUCCCGCUGCUGGGCUACCUUGUGGAUGACAUGCCACGGAGUGCGGACCUGCCUCACAGCUUCAAACUGACCCAGUCGAAGUCUGUGCACAGCUUUGCUGCAGACAGUGAGGAACUGAAGCAGAAGUGGCUGAAAAUCAUCCUUUUAGCCGUCACAGGUGAGACCCCGGACGGGCCGGAUGAGCCGCUGGCCAGCUUGGACGAUCUCCCCGAACCUAAGAAUAAAUCCGAGGGCUGAACUCAAGCGGGACACACAGCACGAGACGUUCCCAGCUCUCCUCACUCAUCUCUUAGCACUUUAUGUUGAAAAUCCAGGAUCAUGAAUGCGUCUGCUGGGGAUUAAUUUCCUAUAUUUGUGUACUCUUGGUAAAAUGAAUGUGCACAGCCAUUCUGAUAAAGUUUUGAAGUAAUGUGAGAAAUGGAGAUUUUUUAAUCAGCUUUUCCUUGAACGUGUGCUUUUUGUCUUGAAGAAGAUGGUGUCGAUUGUAUCACUAACAGGUAGAAUGGGCCACUUUCAUUAAGGAAAUCCUUCAUUGUCUCCUUCCUAUGUAGGACCUGUAACAGUUUGAAAGAUAUACCUCCAUGUUGCCAAAAUAGAUCCAAUGGUGAAAAAUACAGGGACAGGUUAGGGAAUUGUAUUAACUUAUUUAGUUUAUAAACCUCAAGCUGCAUAAAUGAUGUCUUUUUACAACAAGAAAAAGGACAAACUGUGGUGUUUAGACUUUUGACUUAUUAAAAAAAGUACUUGUUUUUGUAGAAAUACUCCUAAGAAUACAAUAUCUAAAGUACAUAGCAAUUAUCUGUAUAUAGAAUUAAAUAUGAACAUAUAUACUAUACAUGCUUUUCUCUUCAGCUUUAGGUUUACAUCAUCUCUAAUUUAUUUUUAACUUUAAAGCAUGUUUUUAUCUUGGAACUGAGCAGUAUUCUAAACUUAAGAAAUGUUUUUGAUGAUUUACAUUUAAUGGAUUGGUAUCUAAGGGUAUUGAUAUUUUUAUAAUAAGAAAAAAGUAAUUUAUGUGGCAUGGGAUAUAUUAGUGAAUUCCAACGGUAUUUUUAGAGUACUAUUUUUUUUGUUCUGUGCCUAUUUAAAACAGUGCCUCUCUUAGAAGGUGCUAUUAAUAGCGGUUUAAAAAUAAGGAUGAGGGUUCAGUUAACGUUUCUGUCUUAUUUGAAAUUAAAAUGCAUUUUGAUCACUGGAUUAGUCAAAGGCAUACGGGUUAUUUUAUCCUUUACAAUAAUAUAACGGUUGCAGUACAUUAACAGCAUGUACAAAAAUCUUACCAAAACUUGAACUGUAUUAUAAGACACCUGACCAUACACAGACUGGGACGUGUGGAACCUGCAUUUAUUGGAAUGUUUUCCUUUUUCAUAAGACUGUUAUGCAUGGUGAAAUAAGGACUGUCUAUAAUGAAUGCUCCAGAUAACUGUGUGGGCCUAUUCUUUUGUCAGAUAUGAAUUAAAAUUCACACACACUGACCUAUGCUUGGGAGCAGGGUUUGGUUGGUAGAUAGUAAAGGAAGUUUAUGCUCAGCUAUCUCACCAGAAAAGGGAGGGGAAAUCAUUAGAGAAAAAGCAAUAUUGUAAUGGCAGAUUUUCUGAAGGUACAAAUGAUUGAAGAAAGUGAGAAUGUUCUUCCCUUUCCAUCUCCUGGAAUUUGACAAAUUAUGAUUCUUUGUCACCAAGACUGCUCAAAUUUCACAUUGAUCAUUUAACCUAAUCCUUUCCUUAAAUUAGAUUCUCCCCACUUCACUGAUACCCCAUUCAUUACUAGUUUUUAUCACCAGUCAGUCAGAAACCCAAAGUGACCCCGCCAUCCUUAGACUUGAAGGACUACAUCUUACAAGGAGAAUAGAUUGACUCAGCCUGAGACCACCCCACAUGCGUUCAGGCCUUGUUGCUUUAAGAAGUAAGGAGCUCUUACUUUGUUGCAUUCCAGAGGAGCAAGUGAACCAGCUGCAGCUGAUAAUUGUUUCCCUUCCUGCAUGACAGGAAUACCGGGGCGGGACCGUUAAUAUUAAAGCAAGUAUUUAAAGCAACAAAAGAAAAAAAGGUAGCUUCUUAUGCCCUAUUAAAUCAGGCCAAACCAGGCCAGGGAGAUAGCUCAGUGGCACAACCUCUGCCUGGCAAGUUCAAGGUCCUGAGUUCAAUUCCCAGUACCAAAAUAAAUCAGGCCAAACUCAAAGAAAUUUUACAUUGCUUUCUCUUCUAGCUGCCCACUGACAGACAUAAUUGUUCAGAGUAAUCAUUGAGAAAGUUAAAUUACGGCUCUAAAUGCUACUUUUCAACAAAGAGAAGCAAUAAAAAUGUAGGAUGCUUAUCAGAUGAGGACUUUCGUAACUGUGUAUAGAACAGUAGAUGUAUGUGACCAUUAGAUUUUUGAGUCAAAUUAUUUUUGAAAACCUUGGAAACAAUUUAAACAGCAAGAAUUUUUAGUUUCCCUACCACUCAGUUCUUCAGGAAUAGUUGUAACAUGGGCACAUUCAACCUUAGGUUGUUGAAAGAAUAUUAUAAGGAGAAUAUUUAUGACCGUGCUCUUAACGUUCAUGUUCAGUAACUUACUAAGAAUGGGAAAUAGUAAGAUUUCUGGCCAGCCAGUCGCCUUCCCUUUUUGCCCCCCUUUCUUCAGCCAAGCACAAAGAGAGGAGCAGUGAAGCAGCCUUACUCAUUUCUCUUUUAAAUAAUCAUUAAUAGUUGUACUUGGACGAAGGCAAAGGAAUGCUCUGGUCACUUAUUAAACACUCAAGUAAGCUAAAGUACCUCAACGAGCAGCUGGGUCCACGGUUCUGUGUUUUUCCUCUCUGCGGUACCUGACCUGUCCUGACAAAUUGCACCUAAAAAAAAAUCAAAUCGUUGGUUGCUUUUUCCUAUCAAAACCAACGUUGUAUUUGGGCCUUAAUUUGUUCAUAUCUCCGAUUUGGUGCUUUCCCCAGUCUUUUUUUAAAAGUGCCCUUCAAGCUUAAAAAUACUCUCUGGAUAAAACUGCUAUUCAGUAGCAAACGUUUCAGUUUUUUAAGCUUAAAUUUUGUUUUGGUUGAAAGUCUGCCGUUUAGUACCGUGUGAGACAGGGUGCAGACUUUAUAUCGUGGUGGUAAGUGAGCUCAAUAAUGAAAAAUGCCACCAAACACUUGGGAAUCAUGCUGUCUCCGGUGCCGUCACGUAUGCAAGCGAUGAAACUUUGUUGGUGUGGUUUUGUAUUGAAAGUUUAACGUGGAGGUCCCUACCCGAAAACAUAGAGAGAAUUAACUUCCUAGGAGGGAUAUGGUGAUACAUACUGCUGAACACAGGGAAGAGGACUGGGGACGGGGGAAUCAUUCCUAUCCAGAUACUGUCCGAAGCAUUUUUAUUUUCACAAAGGGUAUGGCUAGUAAAAUAAAGCACACUUGCACUGGUAAGCUUCACUUUAUUGUCCAUCCAGUUUAAGUCAGCAUAUACGUUGGCAUACCUAUCCUCGCUUGGCUGACCUACGGCAGAUUUUUUAAAUUACCAAAAUUUUUAUGGGAACUACCCUUUCAACUUUUGCUGUGGCUUUCGUUUACUUAUUCUAGUUAGAUGUAUAAAAAAAACUGUUAAAACUUCCUGGUACUGCAGGGUUGUUAAAGAUCCGCUGAUGCCUUCAAAAUGUACCUUUUCUCAAAAAUACUUCUGCAAGUUUGUAUUCCUAUCUUAUUUCUACUUUGUGGAGGCAGUGGGGCUUUCUCUCCCCACUCAUAGUUUAGAGGUCAUUUGUUUAUAUCCAGAGCCUUAAGUUAUUCUGAGCAUAGUGUCUGUGAUACAUCUCUACUCAUGACCUUUCUAUACAGUGUGUGUAUCUGAAGGGAUGGCAUUGUCAGGAGCAAAUAGAUUUCUAGGAAACAAAGGUCUGAUUUUUUUUGUGCAAAUAUCCUUGCUAUAAUGCAGCCUAAAUUUAUGAACAUUUAUAUAUGACAUGAUAUUCAUAGUAGUGGUCUAAGGAUUAAGCACAUGGACUUUAUCGGCUAAAAUCUGAAAGACAAGAAGGUCUUUAUGUUUUCAUUCUAAAAUUUUGAACUUUCCAAGAAUGUGUCAAUAUAAAAACCGGGGCUAACCAGUUCCUGUUCUUCGGGCUCUGUUGACAUCUAUAGUAGAUCGUGUUACUUCUACAUCCUUACCCAGUUUUAUUAGAAUCAAACCACUUUUUAUUUUUGUACUACAUACUGUCUUACUAUAGCUUCUCUAGAUUUAGAAAUUGAGUACCUAUAUAAAGACCACUAGGUCUAUUUAAAAACACUUUCUGUGAAUUUAUACCUGUAUGUACAUAUGUAAAAAUUGUUGAUUUUUCAAUUCUCUCCUUCCAUAGGAAUGAAAUUUUUAUAGACUUUUUUUAACUUAAGUAUUUUAACAUAAAUUAUUCACACGAAUUUUUAAUGUAUAAUUCAUCCUUUUACAUGCCCUUCCUCUUGUUCUGUCACAGGGAGCUAAGUCUGCUUUCUUUAGAUCAGGUGGAGAGGAAUGCAGUUACAAGCUGAAUGAGCGCGAAUGAACAGAGAGAAGGGGAGAGGAAGGCUGCUCCUCCCCAGCUCAGAGCCAUGGAUGUUAGCGGGAAAGUACCGCACAAGUAGGAUGAGCUGUGCAAACAAUCCCUGUCCUUGCAUGCUGAUAUGACCCGUCACGCCCAGCCUCUGACCUUGGCCUCUUAAGUUAGACUGCACUAUCUUGUCAUUGUGUUUUACUUUGGGCUUUUAAGAAACAGUUCAUGCUUUAGACCAUUCUCUCUGCUGUUUGCUGAGGCAAACAGAAACAGAAAUCAGAAACAACCCUUCAAGUCAGUCACAGUCUUACACUCUCUGUCAGCUGGACACUUGGCGGAACUCACUGUCUCCUGCAUCAAGGUGAGACAGCACAAGGCUUCUCCCAGGUAACCUGUGGGGACGCUGAGUUCCAUGGAGCUUAUCCCUUUGCCUCAGAUUCAUUUUGGUAGGUUUGGUGAAAAAGUAAAUCAAGAAACCGUAGUCUAUUUUAAUAAGUUAAUACUAUAUAGAGUGAACUAUAGGUUCGGGAAGGAACAGUAGUCUGUGGGAACCAUUAUAACAGAAUCAAUUAUAUAUUACAUAGUAUAUGGAUAUUGGAAUGUGUCAUGGGGGGUUGUCUGUCAUUAGCAAAACAAUCAUUAUCUAUACAGAAAACUUUAAAAAAAUGGACUAGCAUUUCAUCUUGUAAGUGACAAUUGACUGAUACUGAAAAAUAAGUAUUGUUUUUAAUUUGUUGACUAAGUUUGAAAAGGCGUGUUCUCAGAAUUUUAGAGUCGACUCUAAUGUGAAAAGUGUACACAAUGAUUUCUCUUUCCUAGCUGUAUGAAUGUAAAAUACUUGCAGAUAGUGUAUAUACUAUGUAACAUAUGUAUAUUUGGUCAUAAAGGCAGAUAAUGGAAAACAUUGUAAAAUUAAGCACUUUAAUUCCUAUUAAAUAUUAAACAUUUGUAUCUUGUAAAUAAACAUCCUUAAAUCAGUC